UUAAUUUAUUUGUGUAUCUGUGGUUAUUAGGAUGCUUUCUGUGUUUGUGUGUGUGUGUGUGGUGUUGGGCUGUUUGUGUUUGAUUCUUCACACCUUUACUAGUUAACCCUAGUUAACACGGCUCGGAAACCACUGAAGUUUCUCCAUCUGUCCUUCCCAAAGCCUAAUAAACGCGCUGCGUUAGACGGAAAAUGCUGCAGUGACGGCGCAGUGUUGCUCGCAGGGCCGGAAUCAGUCAGAAGAUCAUCCUUCCUGUCGCCGCAGCCGUUGAUCCGGACGCAGCUCGCAGCGGAGGGCGAGGGAUUUUGUGUUUUCGGAAACUUGCGAGCGUUUCGAAACGAGCUGAUGCUGAUGGGAGCGAGGGGCACGUGGGCGACGGGGGGAGGCGUCUCAAACACCUUUUUCACAAGACAGGAAGACGAAAGGAGAGAUAGAAAGAAGAAAGAGAGGAAGAAAGAGGUCCAGAUCCCCACCGGAGAGCGUCGAACCCCGUAGUUUGUUGAAAGAAGCAGGAGAGACGGCUCAGAGACAGACAGACGGAUGCUAUGACACAGACAGCGGUGCAGGUUUUGUCUACAGUGCCCUGCUUCACUAUGAAGGGCCGAACGCAGAUGGAAAGUCUUUUCUGAGCAGAUUCUGAUGUAAAUCUCAAGUGGAAAAUAGAAGUGGCGAUGUCUCCAGGAGAGGACGGUCUAAUCGGGAUCCCCUUCCCGGAGCACAGCAACGAGCUGCUGUCUCGUCUCAAUGCCCAGCGGCGGACCGGGCUGCUCUGCGACCUCACGCUGACGUCACACGGCGCACGCUACCCCACGCACCGCUCCGUCAUGGCCGCGGUCAGCCUGUACUUCCGGCGUCUGUUCGGGGCGGAGGAGGGCGAGGAUGGAGACGAGGGCGUGGGUGACAGCUGCAGCGUCUGUCAGCUGGACUGUGUGUCUCCUGACGCUCUGGCCGCGCUGCUGGAGUUCGCCUACACCGCCACACUGACCAUCCGCAGCUCGGGCAUGCGCGAGGUCCUGAAAGGCGCGCAGCUGCUGGGGAUCCAGUGUGUGGCAGAUGCCUGCCGAGACAUUUUGGGCGAGACGGGCGACAAUCCAACGAAUCAGCAGCUGCCAUCCCGCCGCAAGCAGGACCGAUGCUCCGUGACCCGAGCCGUGUCUCCCGUGAGGCCGGUGUGGCGGAGUCCUGAUGACACGCCCGAGUGCGGGCUGCUUCCGGCGCAAGGGCGAGAAGGACACCCACCGCCUGCCGAGGUACAAGACGGAGACACACGCGCUUCCCACCUGGGGCGCCUCAUGAACGGAAGCUCACACUGGUCACAGGAGUUCACCCCGAUCCCACACAGACCCGAAGACACGCCCUCAGAGGAGGAGGAGUCCGGAGCGCAGGGGCGGGCCACACCCCACCACAGCCAAUCACAGGGGGGCGGAGCAUCAGCCGGAAGCGGCAGGAAGAGGAAGUCUCAGACGCCUCAGCAGUGUCCCGUCUGUCAGAAGAUCAUCCACGGGGCGGGAAAGCUGCCGCGGCACAUGAGAACACACACGGGAGAGAAACCGUUCCAGUGCUCGGCCUGCGGCGUCCGCUUCACACGGAACGACAAGCUGAAGAUCCACAUGCGGAAGCACACGGGCGAGCGGCCGUAUCCAUGUCCCAGCUGCCCCGCGCGGUUCCUGCACUCCUACGACCUGAAGAACCAUCUCUCGCUGCACAGCGGGGACCGGCCCUUCGAGUGUCCACUGUGCCACAAGGAUUUCGCCCGCGAGGACCAUCUGCAGCGCCACAGGAAGGGCCACAGCUGCCUGGAGCUCCGCACGCGCCGCCCGCGCCGCGGGACUGAUCCCAGCGGAUCCCCGCCGUCUGAAUCCUUCGGCCAGCAGCAUCUGGAUCACAUGAGCGUCGCGGCGGCCGCACAGCUCCUCGAGGGCCACGGCGGCCCCAUGCAAGGUGUCCCGCUGCUGACAGGGGCCCGCAUGCCCUACCCCGAGCUGCUGUGGCGAGUCGUCGCGGGGCCGGUGGGAAAAGCCCUGGAUAAAGCCGAAGGAGGCUCAUCUCCACACGGGAGCGCAUCGGUCACGCAUAGAACAUGGGAGGAGGAAGAUGAGGAGCAGGACGCUGCUGGGGAGGAGGAAGAGUGACCACGUGUGUGUGUGUGUGUGUGUGUGAGAGUGUGUGUGUGAGAGUGUGUGUGUGUGUGUGUGUGUGUG